AUGACGUUUUUAAUAUCAAAAAUGUUUAAAUUCUAUGUCAUCAUAGAAGUUGAGAAGGGAUUUGGGGUACAUAUUGGCUUCCUCCUGAUCUUGGCACUGACCGAAGCACUGGUAUUUGCUGUCCAGGAACCGUCUCCCAGGGAACCUCUUGAGGUCCUCUCCUCAGGCACCAUGCUGACAACGCUGCACAACUCUACUAGACACCCUUCCGUGACGACGCUGACAUCCCAUCCCAAUGGACCCUCCUCUCAGGCUGCAGCUCCCACAACAUCAACGAUGGUCCCUGCAGACGGGCACCCUUCAGCAAACACAGUCUCUGUCAUCGUGGCGACAGCAACCACACCCCAUUCUGAAGGCCCCCUCUCUACGGGACACCUGCCAGCUGCCAUGGCAAGCACAUCCGCCCUCACAGAGGGUCACCCCCCAGCGAAUGCUGACCCCACCGUCCUGCCAACAAAGCCAUCAGAACAAGCCCCCAGCCACCUGAGCACAGUGCACCCUCGGGCCACCACCCGUAGGCCUCCUAGGCCCCCCGGCUCUUCCCGAAAGGGGGCUGGUAGCUCAUCACGCCCUGUUCCUCCUGCACCUGGCAGCCACUCUGGGAGGAAGGAAGGCCAGCGGAGACAAAAUCAGAGUUCCACACACCUGGGACAGAAGCGCCCCCUGGGGAAGAUCUUCCAGAUCUACAAAGGCAACUUCACAGGAUCUGUGGAAUCAGACACCUCUUCCCUAACCCCCAGACCCCCGCUCCGAGACUAUUCCUCUUCACCACAGUCCCAGACAGUGGUUGCAACCACAGCACCCAGCAGUACUUUCUGGCCCCCAGCCACCCACCCUCUGAUGCCAGCAGAGGACAAGCUAGGCCUCAACAGGGCAGACCAGGGUGGUGGUUCCACUUUCACUGGCCAAGGAGUAGAGCCGGACACCACAGCAGCCUCAGGUGCCCCGACCCGUCCACAGCCUGCCCCAGUGCCUUCAAAGUCUCCCCGUGGUGACCUGCAGGAUGGCCCCAGCCGCAGUGAAUCUUGGCUUGCUGUCACCCCUGGCAUCAGCAGAUCACUGCCUGCCAGCUCUGGGGUCUUCACAGCCACCACAGGACCCACCCAGGCUGCCUUUCAUGCCAGUGUCUCAGCCCCUUUCCAGGGGAUUCCUCAGGGAACAUCCACCACAACCCCACAGGCACCAGUCCGGCCUCCUGGCAUGCCAGAAGGCACUGUCUCUCGAGUUGAGAAGGAAACUACAGUCACCCCCACCAUGGCCAACAGGGGAUCCCAUCCUUUCUCCACAGUGUUGUCCACAGCCACAGGGAACUUCCUCAACCGCCUGGUCCCUGCCGGAACCUGGAAGCCUGGAACCGCAGGGAACAUCUCACAUGUGGCUGAAGGGGACAAGCCCCAGCACAGAGCCACCAUCUGCCUGAGCAAGAUGGACAUCGCCUGGGUGAUCCUUGCCAUCAGUGUACCCAUCUCUUCCUGCUCCGUCCUGAUGACAGUAUGUUGCCUGAGAAAGAAAAAGAAGACGGCCAACCCUGAGAACAACCUGAGCUACUGGAACAACGCCAUCACCAUGGACUACUUCAACAGGCAUGCUGUGGAGCUACCGAGGGAGAUCCAGUCCCUGGAGACCUCCGAGGACCAGCUCUCGGAACCCCGCUCCCCAGCCAACGGCGACUACCGCGACACUGGGAUGGUCCUUGUGAAUCCAUUCUGUCAAGAAACACUGUUCAUAGGAAAUGAUCAAGUCUCGGAGAUCUAA